ACUAGCCUGCAGGUUUACUCAAAACAAACCUCAACAGCCACACCAGAGCUUUGCAACAAAAAAAGUUGUUUUUAUAAGUUAGUUAGCUAACGUUACAUCGUCGGAGGGUAAUUCUUAAACGGGCACGGACCUCUCACCAGACAUGUCAGAGUAUCUGAAGAGAGAAAACCACAGGUCUGGACUUCCCACAAGACAUUUUUUGGCCUAAACCUCUUCUUGAUGCAUACACUAAACGUGUAAAAAAAGAUUAGUCCAGGUAGUUGUACCAUCCAGGUAGUUGUACCAUCCAGGUAGUUGUACCAUCCAGGUAGUUCUACCAUCCAGGUAGUUCUACCAGACUGGGAUCCUCUGCUGUGACUAUGAACACUACCAUGGACCACUUUCCUGAAUUGACACAUCACACACCGACGAAAACAGGAGCCCCCCUGUCUUCGCCGGGGCCAUCCGAUGAGGCCCUCCCCCUCUCUUCGCCGGGGCCAUCCGAUGAGGCCCUCCCCCUCUCUUCGCCGGGGCCAUCCGAUGAGGCCCUCCGUCGCUCUUGUGGCAAGAAAUGUACCAGUCGGUCUAAAAAGCAUGAGAAAAGCCCCUCAAGAGAUGGAUCUCACCCCUGUGACCAGUGUGAGAAGUGUUUUGUUACACUAAAACGUCUGGAAAAACACCAGACGAGUCACUCCAACCCUCAUGUGUGCUCUGAUUGUGGAAAGAGAUUCAGUCGGGCUGAUCACCUAAGGAGACAUAAGAGAGGCCACACUGAGAACAAACUGUACAUUUGCCCUCAUUGCGGGGAAAGCUUUGGUUACUCGGGAAAGUUAACCCGACAUGUGAGACUUCACACUGGGGAGAAGCGUCACCAGUGCUCCGAUUGCGGCAAAAUGUUUGCUGCUAAUAAAACAAUGAAAAGACACCAAGAGAUUCAUUCAACACAUCGGGUGAAGCCUCAUGUUUGCACUACCUGUGGAAAGGGCUUUGCUCGACGUGAAUACUUAAAAAGACACUGUACCAUUCACACGGGAGGGAAACCGCAUCAGUGCUCUGACUGUGGAAAGAGUUUCCGUCGGCUUGAUCAUUUAACACUGCACCAGAAAGAAGCACAUGGAGAGAUAGUUCUGAUAGUUCAUCAGAAAAAGCAUACAAGACCUUACCACUGCUCCCUAUGUGACAAGAGAUAUGCCGAAAAGGGGACUUUAAAAGUCCACCUGCGUGUACACACUGGAGAGAAGCCACACCUUUGCUCCCAGUGUGGGAAAUGUUUCUCUGGUAAACGACAACUUAAAUUACACCUCUUGGUACAUUCAGGUGAGAAGUCUUAUAAAUGUUCUCACUGUGAAAGGAGUUUCGCUAAUAGACCUAUCCUGAAAAGACACAUACGAACCCACACGGGAGAGAAACCGUACCACUGCUCAGAAUGUGGGAGGAGUUUCGCCGAUGGGGAUUCACACACAAAACAUCUGCGAACCCACACUGGAGAGAAGCCGUACCUUUGCUCUCUGUGCGGGAAACGUUUCUCCGUUAAACAACGUCUUAAAGUACACCUCUUGGUACAUUCAGGUGAGAAGCCUCAUACCUGUUCUCACUGUGAGAGGAGUUUCACUACUACAUCUAACCUGAAAAGACACCUGCAAACCCACACUGUAGAGAAACCGUCACCAGCGUAUCCACAGGAGGGUCACCAAGGACCAAGAUCCCAAGCACAAAUAGCUGCAACCGAGAACUCUAUAUAGUAGCUUCACCACAACUGUCUGUCGUGUGUCUCGGUACCAGAAGUCCGAAUGUCAGAAAAAGUAUUCUCCGUAGGCUCUAUUUCUCGUACAUUAUUUUAAGGGGUUUUAAGUAGAGAUGCGCGAUUAUAUCGGUGAACAGAUCAAAAUCGGCCGAUGUCUAGUUUAACGCAGAUGUUUAAAACCGAUGUCAAAGCUACCGUGUAUACCUAUGCAACGUAGGUACAUGGCGUAAUGACGCCACGUAAAAGUUUGCGCUACACGUGCAACACAGCAUUCCUAACCUAGCCCACAAUGUCUGCUGUGUGG